AUGUCGCGAAAUUUCCUCCUCUACGUUGUGGUGUUCCCCCUUCUGAAUUUUGUUUGCACUCAGUCCGAGAAGCAGAAACGGUUACUGAUAAGUGAUCCUCAAUAUUUUGAAAAUCGGCUUCAGGAAAUGGAAUCUAAAAUCCAGUCUUUGACGAGGGAAGUGGAAACUUUGAGGGCAAACAAUUCUAAAGCCUUCGGUGGGGCUACUUUUGUUCGAUGGGGAAAAAAGAGUUGUCCCGACGCCGACUCGGAAUUGGUGUAUUGGGGCUACACAGGAGGAUCACCGUAUAGCCAGACAGGAGGCGCGGCGGAGUAUGUCUGUCUACCACGUGAUCCCACCUUCCAUAAUAUCCUGUCCUCUUCCAGCUCCAUUUACGGUUCAGAGUAUCAGGGCAAUUUUGUUUCUGGAAUCCAUAAUGACGACGUUCCGUGUGCCGUCUGUAGAAGUUUACGUAGUACUAGUGUCAUCAUGCUGGCUAGUAGAGAACAUUGCUACAGCGGAUGGAAGACCGAGUACUCGGGGUUUCUAGCCAGUGGCGCUAUGAGCCAUGUGGCAGCCUCACAGUUUGUGUGUUUGGACCGGUACCCAGAGGUGUUGGAUCAUAGUAGCGCUGAUGAAGACGGCAAACUGUUUUACAUCGUCAGCGCCAAAUGUGGGAGUUUACCGUGCCCGCCAUAUAAAGAUGGACAACAACUGUACUGUAGCGUCUGCUCCAAAUAAAGAACUCUAACAAAAACUAGUUUCUCUUCAAUAUGGUGUGUGAAAAUUCGACCACAGAGAAUAAA